AUGCAGCAUCCACGCCCCAUAUCGCCUCCGCCGCCUCCCGCCCCGGAACCUGUGAUAGAGAAUAGAUACCGUCCGGAUCGCAGUAGCGGGCUGUCCAGUGAGGAAGGGACCGCCAGUGAGCUGGCCAGCGAUGGCGUUCUUACAGCCAUGACCAGCCUGCCGGCAAGUGAAGACGGUCUGGUCACAUCGUCGGGGGUCCCAAGUGCCCAGAGUUUUGGCAAUGAUGACGAGGACACGGACCUCCAGUCGGUGUACAUUGGGAGCAUCUACCCCCAGGUCCCGGCCAUGUUCCGAGCAGAACUGCCAUAUGUCGGUGCCGAAUCGCAUACGGUAAAUGAUGAUAUAGCGGCUUCUACAAGAUCUUUAUGGGCCCAGGACCUCGACUAUAGGGAAAUGCACGGGCGACUGUAUUGUAGGGAAUUUUACCAGCCGAUAGACGACCUGGAGCAGAUGAGAUGGUCGCUUGUACACCAUGUCUUUCAACAUGUCCUCGGUGGUGAACUCACCACGAUCCCUCUCGACAAUCCACAGCAUAUCCUGGACGUCGGCACUGGGACUGGGGAAUGGGCGAUAAAAAUGGCUGAGCUGUUCCCACAAUGCGAAGUGAUGGGCACCGAUAUCGCUGCUAUCGCUGAGACACAGAGCAUCCCCAUGAAUGUCUUUUUCGAAAUUGAGGAUGCGGAGGACUGGGACAGGAACGCCAACUACUACGACAUGAUCCAUUUGCGUUCUAUGGAUGGCGCAUUCAAGGAUUGGAGAUAUAUCUACGACCACGCCUUUGCGUCGCUCAAGCCUGGUGGAUGGAUCGAAGUGCUGGAUGUCGACGGGGAUGUAGCGGAUGCCUUCCCUGCUGAUUCGACCUUCAGGUUAAUGUGCAGAGAACUCGAUAUCGCAGCCGAAAAAUCUGGGCGGAGACGAGGGAUACACCAUCUGAACCCGGACUGGCUGAUGGAGGCAGGCUUUGUCGAAGUCGGGAGGACGGAGUACUCACUUCCCAUACACGUGGCAGAGGAGUCGGCAGGAAAGAUCUGGCUGAUAUCAUGCCUGGAUGCGAUGGAGGCAUGUUGUCUAAGACUGCUAACAGAGCAGCUGGGCUGGGAUCCAGACAAGUGCAAAGCGGCAUGCGAAGUCGCUGCGAGGGAAAUUGCGGACAUGGCCAAGGACCCCGAGACAUCCAGAAACCUGGUUGUGAAAAUGUGCGUCCUGGUUGGGAGGAAACCUUUGGAUGCCCUCCCCGGAAGCCCCAGAUCGUUCGAGAUGCCGAGAUCUCCAACCCAAUGGAGGUCAUCAACCUGGAUUAAUGAUGACGAAUAUCGAUACUACACGAACCCAACGCGAACAGAGGACGGAGAAACUAUCCGAGACGAAGACGAGGCCGAGGACGAAGAGAGUCAAUCUCUGACUUCGUAA